AGAAUUAUUUAAAAUCUUUUUUGAAUUAUCCUUUAAUAAAAAUAACGAAAAUGCGGUAUUGACGCGUUUAAAAGUCUUAUAGCGGUUUUCAACGGAGACUUCUAGAUCAGAAGGAAUGUUGAAGCGAGAGAAAACGUUCUCCGGCCUUCCCCCUUCUAGUUGGCCAUGCCUUGGCCCUCUAUGGACUGCUGUGUCACUGAGUUUAGUUUUAGUUUUUAACACACCUUUAUUAUUAUACAAAAGAUUAUUUUGUUUUCAUUUAUCCGUCAAUUUCUUCAUUUGACAACAUGGUUAAAGUAAAAAAGUUUUUUGCUAUUCUGAGAAAAACAUGUUUUUAUUCAAAGCAAGUGUUUUAAAUGUGACAACCGUAAUUCCAUUCAUUUUUAAAUGACUUAGCUCUUUAACUGUUUUGCCAUUAAUCAAAAAUAUAUCAUCUCUGCUAUAUUCCUUAAAUGAUUCGCAUUGUAUGAACUUGAUCAUGAACAAACUUGUUCAUGAUCAAGUAAAGCUUGCUGAUUUUAUCCUGAACUGAAUUCAAAUAUUAGCAACUUAAGGGUUAAAUGCCAUCACUGAAAAUCUUAUAAAAAAAUUUUUUUUUAUUGCUUUGAUUACAAUUGGCACUAAAUACUUGGCACUUUGAUGUCUAAAAGCUGUUUAUUCUUAAUACAACAUUAUAUUUUUGAAUAUAAGGAGAACUGCUUUUUUUAUUGCCAUUUGAGUUUUAAUUUAAAACAAAAUUAUUUUAAUUUUAGAAAAAAAUUCAACAAAACAAAUUAUGAUUCUGUUCUUAGUUGUGGCCUUUGUUUGGAGGAACAUUGACAAAACCCAGCAAGAACAAACUGUUCUACAUACCCCAGGUUCAAUUAACAUACAUCCUCGAUCAAGAAGGUGGUUGGGAAUCCAUAAAAGAUUGGAUGGAUUUGCUUAGUGGUGGAGAGAAACAAACAAUUGCUAUGGCUCGUUUAUGUUAUCUGUGCCCUCAAUUUGCUAUUCUUGACGAAUGCACAAGUGCCGUUAGUGUAGAUGUAGAACAAAAUAUGUAUGCUGAAUGCCGUGAGAUUGGCAUAUCUUUGUUUACUGUAUCACACAGAAAAUCAUUAUGGAAACAUCAUGAGUAUGUACUGUACAUGAAUGGCCGUGGUGCAUACGAAUUUAAACCCAUUGACAAAACAACUGAAGUGAAAGGAUCAUGAUUGAACUAGGUCUGAAAAAAUAUAUAUAUUGGUUGUGGCCUUAUUUUAAUACUCAUGCAGUAGCUACAAUUGUAUACGUAUUGAUUGAUAUUUCAAUUCCUUGUCUUUCAAACAUUCAGUAACUGUUAUUGAGUAUGAUAGAUUUCGAUUUUUGCCACAUUAAUUUUUUUUUAAAUAAUAUUUAUAGCAUAAUUUGUAUAAAAAAUUUACAGAGUUUUGAAAAACAUUUUUAAAGUUAACCUUGGUCAAAUGGAAUUCCAAUGUUUUAUUCAGUAGAAUCCAAUUAUCAGAUGCCUUCGGGACUAAGGAUAUGCCAGAAAAUCGAAAUCCUUGGAUAAUUAGGGGACCUUUUUAAGUUUAUAACCAAAUUAUGAAUGAAAUUCCUCUAGUUAGGGACUGAAAUUAAAAAAAAUUCUCAUUUGUGUAUUGUUCUAGCAAAAGAACAAUACAAUAUCAUGAAGAAAAAUAUCCUCUCCUCUUUGCUUUCUGUUUGACAGCAAUUUUCUUACAACCAAAUUUUGGUUUAGUCACCACUGCAGUUACUGAGCAGCAGCAUCUGUAAUAAUAAACAAAACGUGUUGGAUUGUGUUUAAUGUCAGAUGGUAGAGGUGUCAGAAAUCCUUGUAUAAUUAGGGGGCCUUUUUAAGUUUAUAACCAAAUUAUGAAUGAAAUUCCUCAAAAUAAUUAGUGACUGAAAUAAAAAAGAACUCUCAUUUGUGUAUUAUUGUUCUAGCAAAAGAACAAUACAAUAUCAUGAAGAAAAAUAUCCUCUCCUUUUUGCUUUCGGUUUGAUUGCAGAUUACUUACAACCAAAUUUUGGUUUGGUCACCACUGCAGUUACUGAGCAACAUCAUCUGUAAUAAUAAACAAAACAUGCAUUGGAUUGUGUUUAAUGCCAAGCUGUAGAGGUGUCAGUUAACUGAAGUGUUAUAUAAUUAAGCAUCAGAUGAUUUGGUUUCAACUGUAUUACCAACAAAAAGUUUUGAGUGUUUCUAACACAUGGAUCAAUAAGUCCCGAGACUAACAAUGAAAACAACAUUUUUUUUGCAAAAUUUUUUUUUAUUCAUCAACAUAAUCACCUUUUAGGGUGAUACAAUCGUUCCAACACUUUUCCAAUUUUUCAAUACCAUGUUUAUAAAAAAAAUUAUCUUUCGCUUCAAAAUAAGCUUCAGUUUCAGCGAUGACCUCCUCAUUUGAGCCAAAUCUUUUUCCCUGGAGCACUUUUUUAAGAUCAGCAAAGAGCCAGUAGUCACUGGGGGCUAAAUCUGGCGAGUAUGGGGGGUGGGGAAGCAGAUCAAAGCCCAAUUCGUUCAAUUUUGCCAUUGUUUUCAUCGACUUGUGGCAGGGUGCAUUGUCUUGGUGAAAAAGGAUUUUUUUUCUCUGC